GGUUGGGUUAUAAUAUACUCAGUGAAGAUUUCCUCACAAUACUACGACGAAAGCCGCCAGCCAAUACAAAGCAGCAGACUGGCUCAGACAAAAUACAGCCAGGCAUUCACAGGAUCUUAUCCACUUGGGGCUAUUGUACCGUCUUUAAUACUUCCCGGUCAUGCGCAGUUCUCACCGCAAAUCACGAAAUGGGUGUAGGGAGUGCAAGCAACGCCAUAAGAAGUGCGAUGAGAGCUCACCUACUUGCCUCAAUUGCACCAUCACGAAUCGAUCCUGUUCAUACCGCCUUACACGCCCAUCAUAUCGCUUCAGCCGCCCAAAAGCAGUGCCUUGCGUAUCAACACCAUCACUACGGACGCUCUCGCAGCUGACCUGGUGCAAUACCCCGGAAUGGCAAACGCAAAUGUAUGAUCUAGGGCAUCUUGAGCUGCUUCACCAUUUUGAGUCAGGCGCAUUUGGAGCGAGUAUGCUACCACUACCUAUCUCAAUACGCAUGGUGAUCAUGCAAUGCGCUCUUACCAACCCCUAUCUCAUGGACCAAAUUCUUGCCCUAUCGGCAGCCCACAUGAGUACCUUUCGCCGAGGACAGCAACAAAUGUUCAGCAACAAAGCGAUGGAACUUCAGACACGAGCUUUAUCAUUAUUUAAUAGAGCCGAAACCGAUAUUACGAAGCAGAACUCUUGUUCUUGGUUUCUGUAUUCGUCAUUUCUUGGGCUCCAUAUUAUGUUCGAGACUUUCCAAUGCAGAAAUUUUGAGUCCUUUUUCGGUAAACUUUCCACUUAUUUUCCUGUUCACCGAGGUGUGCACGUUGUGACACGAAAAGCGUGGCCAGCUAUAAGGGACCUAAUUGAAGAGAUCGUCGGGCAGCGGCGGAUCGAAGUCACCGCUGGGCCCGGUGGUGAGCGACCUGAGGAAUGUGGACAUUUAAAUUCUCUAAUCCACAAGAGUGACCUUCAGGAUAUAGAUAAGGACGCAUGCUUUCAAGCAAUUAUAAUUCUUCAGCACAUUUUCGAUCUAUGUCAAGCGGACUCAGGAGCCCACAUUCAAAUUCCUUUUACAAUUUCAUGGCCAAUUCUGGUAUCCGCCAGAUUUGGUGAUAUGGCUAGAAGGCGGAUCCCAGAAGCACUCGUCAUAUUAUCUUUCUAUGCUGUAUUGCUGCAUCGUCUCCGUACCUUUUGGGUGUUUGGCAGUUCAGGACGGUUUUUGAUCCAGUCAAUCUCUGCUUAUUUAGGGACACAGUGGGAAGAUUGGCUACUGUGGCCAAAUCACCAAUUGGCAGCAAUAUAACUUAGAAUACUAAAACUUGUGGAAUUUCAGGCACCUGUCUCGUAUUACAAGCCAGGACCUAGACGAUGUGAUGGGUAGAGUUAAAGUUAGGCUAACACUCAAUGUAUAUAAUGCGCUACUAGCGAGGCUUUGAAAGGAUACAAAAUAGGACGUGAACUAAGCGUUUGGCUUUCGC